AUGGACGUGAACUUGAAGUUCUGUGCCGUCGCUGAAUCGGUCGAAAACGAGGGGCUUGACAUUCGGUGGACUGUCAAGUCCAAGGAGGAUUCGCGGGAUUUGAACCAGAUCCUCCAAAUGAGCAACAACGCUCUUAGAGGAACCUUUCCUGCCUACAGCUUGAAGCCGGCAGCGGAUUACACUGUGAACGUUGCCGUCACAUACCUCGACGAUACGCGCGUGAAGACCUACGCAUCGUUUGAGAUUCAUGUCCUCCCGGCAUCCGGAUUUCCCCCGGUAAUACAUUUGCAGUACCCGACAGUAGUGCGGAAAUGCCAGACAAUCCAUCUGGACGCGACCACAACAACAUCGUCCGCCUCGGAACCAGGCCUCACCGUCCGAUGGGGUUGCGACGCUAGUGACUGUCCACAAAAAAUCAAGGAACUUGCCGAAGCAGAGAAGACACUGGCUCUGGCCAUUCCCGACGACAUUGUCUACGCCGUCGUGGAGCAACUCCUUGGCUCCCCUGCAUCAGCGGAAAGCCUCACGUUCACCAUUGUCCUGGAGGUGCAGGACAGGGACAUGCGAACAGCAUCUGCGGCUCAGGUCGAGUGGUCCGUUUCUCCGGAUGGACAGCCGUUCAAACUUGACGCACUUGUCGAGCUAGAUCGGGACACACCACCUCUGUCCGCAACAACGAAAGAAAACAGCCUUGUUCGUGGUCUCGCGUACACGUUCGAGGCUCGAGCAUUUUACCAGGGCGCCAAACAUCUGUCAAACUCUGUCGCUUUCCUCGUAAUGGUGGAUCAAGCGGGAACUGUGCCGCCAUCAGUAUCAUUGACUGGACCAGAGGAUAUCGUCUUAACAGCAUGCGAAGGACUUUCCGUCCACAGCACAGCGUCAUCUGGUACCACCGACGACCCGACUCUGCACAUUUACUGGAUUUGCCUUGACGCCGAGUGUCCCGCGGAAUACAUCAAGUUCUUGGAGAGCCAGUCGGAUCACACGGAGCUCUUUAUUCCUCCAGACAUGGUUUAUAAACUUGCAAAAGCGAACCGACAACCUGCGGCGACCACAUUUACACAUAGACUUGGUGUCGUUGUCCUGAACUCGGACCGUCGGCAAGCAACGGACCACGUCCAAAUAGAAAUUGCGACUUACCCAGCCACGCCAACUCUCCAACCGGCAGGACCGUUAAACUUUAACAUCAACGCUGCCGAGGCAGUCACCAUGGCAGUAUCCGCCAGCUACUGUACCCACGCUGACGACGCCACCUUCAUGUGGGAGAUAAAAAGCGAUUUUGAGAAAAGGCCGUCGGACGAACUGCUCACAGAGAGUCUAGAUGGCCACAGAGCGACCGUCGCAGGUGGGAAGUUGAUCGCUGGAGUUACAUAUACAGUAGUGGUGUCCUUGACAUACGGCGAUCUCCCCUCGACAGCCUCACUUCUGUUCGAGAUAAUCGUCGCUCCACCCGAGCAACCAGCAGCUCAGCCAAACGCAAUUGUCACGGGGCCUUCAGGUAUCCAAGGGGCCUGUGACCCAUUUAAACUGAUUGGCACACAGUCACAGGCGCAGACGAAUGAUGCCGUGCUGCUAGCUAGCUGGAACUGCCUUGGACAAUGCCCGAGCACAUUUGUGAAAGCCGCACGGACAGCGAAAGAACUCACCCUGACCAUGGACGCUGCAACGGUUUACCAGGCUGUGAAAGAAUUCAAGGAAAGAAAUCCAUUGGUCAACACUUUCGACGUAGAAUUCGAGUUGACUGUCACCGACUCCCAGCAAAACAUGGCCCGAUGUAACAUUAUGGAUGCGGCCUGUGUUGCAGCCACCACCCGGGUGACUCUGCAAAGCUCGCUCACGCCUCCUAUUCUUCGGGCAACGUCGCAGCAAACGUUAGAAAUAGACAGCAACGAAGGUGUCACGUUGAGCGCGGCAGUCGACUACUGCGAACAUGUGAAAACAGGGACUUCUUCCGGGCUAGCAGUAGAGUGGAGGUCGAUAAGUGCCGAUCCGCGGCCCUUCGAGGAUCUGUUUUCUGUUUCCGACAACCAGCUGACCGCAGCAGCUGAGCCGGGGUCUCUCCAUGCAGGCACUAACUACACUAUCAAGCUUCAAGUCGCGUAUGCUGGGGAGAGGCAACACACAACCAUUGAAUAUACAAUCCGCGUUCUGGAAGCAACUGUAUUUCUCAGCUUCAACCUUGACACGCUCCAUGAAGCACCAAUUACGCCAGUGUCGGUGUGA